AUGGUGUGCAAGAUCGCAGCGGACUAUAAAUUGUCGUUGGGUCACUUAGAACCAAAUACAGUGGUGUACGCUCAUGAAAAAAGUAGGGUUCAUAAAAGAAGUGCUGAGCGAUUGCUGAAGCUGGCCUGCGACAAUGGCGGUGUCUACAUUAAGGUUGGUCAGCAUUUGGGCUCUCUUUCUUACUUGCUUCCGGUAGAGUAUGUAUCGAUCCUAUCUGUUUUACACAGCAAGGCGCCGGUUUCUUCGUUUAAAGACGUUUGUCGUGUCAUCGAAGAAGACUUCGGGAAGAAGGUAAUUAUUUUUUUUAUUAGUACGCGUUAUUUAAUAGAAUGGGCAAGCGACCGCAGAAAUGCAUGAGC